GAGUGAAGUGUACUCGCUGCUUCGGACACACGUCGCCUCCUGCCUCUUUUUAUCUUCCAAUUCGUAAUCGAAGGGGAUCGAGAAGGGGGAUCAAAUCGCUACGUUCCAUCGAUUAGGGUUCGUGAGAAGUGAAUCCAUCCAUGAUGGCUGAGAUCUUCCAUGGAGUUGCGAGCUGCGGUGCGGAGGCCACGGCGAUGAGUUCGUGUGAGUCUGGGCCACUGGCGAAGAUUGAGCGGCGGAUGGAUAUGCGGAGGCUCAAGUUCGUCCCCGGUACGGAGACUCCUGACUUGGUGGAGAUGGAAACUAGCAGGAAGCGUCGGAGGUUGGGUGAAUCUGGCGGCGCAACUGCCGAGUGCAAGGAGAAUUCCGAGCCGCCGGCGAGUGGGAGUACCGAGCCUUCUCCUGUAGGGGCGUCAAAGGUAUUGAAAAUGACGGAUAGGUGUCCUAGGUAUGGGGCAUCGGAGGUCUGCGGAAGGAGGAAAGAUAUGGAAGAUGCGGUCUCCAUUCGUCCUGAUUUCCUCCAGCGAGGCGAUCUGACUCUGGGCAAGCACCAUUUUUUCGGCGUGUUUGAUGGGCAUGGUUGCUCUCAUGUGGCCGCGCUAUGUAGGGAUCGGAUGCAUCAAUUAGUGGCGGAGGAUGUGGUAGUGCUGGGAUUGGAUGCCACGUCUACGCAGAAGGCAUGGAGGGGGACGAUGGAGAGGAGCUUCGCCCGGAUGGAUGCGGAGACAGCCAAUAGGGACGGCAUCCGCUCGGGCCCAGGCUGCCGGUGCGAGCUUCAGCCGCCUAGAUCGGACCAUGUGGGUUCUACUGCAGUGGUCGCCGUCGUUAGCCCAACCCACAUCGUGGUCGCCAAUUGUGGCGACUCGCGCGCCGUUCUCUGCCGCAACGGCGUUCCGAUCCCGCUUUCCUCCGAUCACAAGCCAGAUCGGGAAGAUGAGCUGCUGCGGAUUGAAGAAGCCGGUGGUCGGGUGAUCUAUUGGGAUGGGCCGAGGGUGCUCGGGGUGCUUGCCAUGUCUCGAGCCAUAGGAGACGACUACUUGAAGCCGUACGUGAUCCCAGAUCCGGAGGUGACGGUCACAAAGCGUGACGAGGGCGACGAGUGCCUGAUCCUGGCGAGCGAUGGGUUGUGGGACGUGUUGAGCAACGAGACCGCCUGCAAGAUCGCGAGGAUGUGCCUGCAGGGAGGGGGCCGCCGCGGCGAAGCUGCAGAGACGGCCACCGCGAGCCGAAGUGAGGACGACGACGGAGAACAGGGCGGAGGCGGCGCUGACUCGUCGUGCUUAGACGCGGCGUUGCUGCUGACCAAGCUGGCCUUGGCGAGGCAGAGUGCGGACAACAUCAGCGUAGUCCUCGUGGAUCUCAGAAACCAGCGGAAGAGGGACACGGCGGCGAACCCCCAAUAGCUAGUACCGAAGAUUUUAAGAACAUACAUAAAAAUUUAUAAGUGAAAUAAAUACAUAAGAAAAUUUCAAAGUAAGAAUUUUUAAAAUGUAUAUAUAUAUAUUAUAUAUUUCAUUGGCAAACCAAUGAAAAAUUGAAGUUAUCCCUUAAUGUUUGGAUAAAUUAUAUCAAAUAGAAGAUAUUUAUAUUUUCAAA